AUGGUAGACGAAAGUCUUGAAAAUGAUACAAUUGAUGAGAGUGUUAAUAAUCCGCAACCUGCUGCUGUUACACCAUCUUUUCACCCUCAAGAAAUUGGAAGCAGCACAUUUUCCUCCUUUAACCCGUAUUAUAACGAUAAUACACCCGACGACGAGGAGCACGAACCCUUUUACACCGAUUCGACGGGACUAAUGCGUAAAGUUUCAAACAUGUCAAACUUAUCUGAGGCAAAUCUUCCGUUGACUUCAAAUGCUGCAAAUAUGUCCCCGACUCAAUCAAUGAGUCUUGGCUCGAAACUGACUGCUGGGGGAGCAGGUGGAGGUGAUAAUAAUAAUAACACAGGACGUACUAUAUAUCUUAAUGAUCCACAAAGGAACGAUCAGAAUCGAUAUCUGCAUAAUCGGAUAUCGACGGCAAAAUAUAAUUUUGUUACCUUUUUACCAAAGUUUUUGUAUGAGCAGUUUUCAAAAUAUGCCAAUUUGUUCUUUUUGUUUACAGCUUCUAUUCAGCAAAUAAAAAAUGUAUCACCGACAAAUCGAUACACUACCCUUGGUCCAUUGGUGGUAGUAUUGGCAGCCACAGGAUUCAAAGACAUAAUGGAAGAUUAUAAACGACACCGCUCGGAUUCCGAGGUGAACUCACGAGACUGCAAUACACUCCUGGGCAACACAUUCGUAGCAAAAGGAUGGCACUCUGUAAAAGUAGGCGAUAUUGUUCGUAUAGAGGGCGGUGAUUUUUUUCCCGCUGAUUUAAUUCUGCUGAGUAGUUCGGAACCCGAGGGGUUAUGCUAUAUAGAGACAAGUAAUUUGGAUGGUGAAACAAAUCUCAAGGUUAAACAAGCGCUGCCUGAAACUGCUGGGCUUACAUCGCCGACGGGAAUUAGCCAGUUAACCGGGUGCCUUAAUUCAGAAAAUCCAAAUAACAGCUUGUAUACCUACGAAGGAACACUUGUCAUGAAUACACCUAGUGGGGGUAAACAGCUUCCUCUAGAUCCUACACAAUUAUUACUUAGAGGAGCACAAUUAAGGAAUACCAAAUGGAUAUACGGUAUCGUAGUUUUCACCGGACACGAGACAAAACUAAUGAGAAAUGCAAGUGCGACUCCAAUUAAAAGGACAAGCGUUGAAAAAAUGGUCAACGUACAAAUUAUAUUUUUAUUUGGAAUAUUGUUGACCAUGAGUUUAGCAUGUUCGAUCGGUUAUACUGUGAAAACGCUUAAAUCCGGUUUGCAAUUGGAUUAUCUCAAACUGGCAGAUACUAGUUACAUAGGACAAUUUGGAUUCAAUAUUCUUACAUUCUUAAUUUUAUUCAAUAAUCUCAUACCGAUAAGUUUGAUUGUCACAAUGGAAAUUGUUAAAUUCAAACAAGCUGAUCUUAUUAAUUCUGAUUUGGAUAUGUAUUACGAGAAGACUGAUACGCCUGCAUUAUGCCGGACUAGUAGUUUAGUAGAAGAAUUAGGACAGAUUGAAUAUAUUUUCUCCGACAAAACCGGCACAUUAACAUGCAAUGAAAUGGAAUUUCAGCAAUGCUCCAUCGCGGGAUUAGCUUAUAUGGGUGAAGAUAUGAAACGUGCUCAGAAUGAUGGAUCUACGGUGGGACAAUACGACUUCAAACAAUUAAAAGAGAAUUUGAAAAAUCACUCAACAGCCAAUGCGAUCAACGAAUUUUUGACUCUUUUGGCGGUUUGUCAUACUGUUAUUCCGGAAAGAAAUGAAAAGGAUCCUAAUACGUUCAUAUAUCAGGCAUCGUCUCCAGAUGAGGGUGCUCUGGUAAAAGGUGCUUCCUUAUUGGAUUAUACUUUUACGACUCGUCGUCCCAAAUCAGUUACCAUUGUCGCCAAUCAACAAGAAAUGCAAUACGAAAUCCUCAAUAUAUGUGAAUUCAAUAGUACACGAAAGCGUAUGUCAACAGUUGUACGUAGUCCCGAUGGCAAGAUCAAACUUUACUGCAAGGGUGCCGACACCGUCAUCCUGGAACGACUGAGUGGAGACAACCCAUUCGUCGAUGCAACACUACAACACUUGGAAGAAUAUGCCACCGAAGGUUUACGAACAUUAUGUAUCGCAAUGCGAGAAAUAUCAGAAGAUGAGUAUCAAAGAUGGUCCGGGGUAUACGAAAAAGCUUCCACCACACUGAAUAAUCGUCAAGAUGAGCUUGAUAAAGCUGCUGAGAUGAUUGAAAAAGAUUUGUUCCUGUUGGGUGCUACUGCUAUCGAAGAUAAAUUACAAGAUGGCGUGCCUGAGACGAUACAUACAUUGCAACAGGCUGGUAUCAAAAUCUGGGUGCUAACCGGGGACAGACAAGAGACGGCCAUUAAUAUCGGAUUGAGUUGUAAAUUGAUUCAAGAAGAGAUGUCGUUGAUUAUUGUGAAUAAGGAAAGUCAUUGGGAAACUAAAGAGUUUCUCGAGCAAAAAUUACAGGCAAUAAAAGCUCGUGUUAAUCCUGAUACUGAGCCGCUUGCACUUGUCAUUGAUGGUCGAUCACUAGAAUUCGCACUCGAUAAAGAACUAGAAAAGAUUUUUCUCGAACUCGCAACACUAUGCAAAGCGGUAAUAUGUUGUCGUGUCUCACCACUACAAAAAGCACUAGUCGUAAAACUAGUAAAACACCACCUGAAAGCAAUCCUCCUAGCCAUAGGCGAUGGGGCAAACGACGUAUCGAUGAUUCAAGCAGCUCAUGUCGGCGUGGGUAUUAGUGGUCUAGAAGGGUUACAAGCGGCUCGAAGUGCCGAUGUUGCUAUCAGUCAAUUUCGAUAUUUGAAGAAACUUCUAUUGGUGCAUGGUGCUUGGAGUUAUCAACGUUUGAGUAAAUUGAUCUUGUAUUCUUUUUACAAGAAUAUUACUCUCUACAUGACGCAGUUUUGGUUCGCAUUCCAAAAUGGAUUUUCUGGACAAGUUAUCUACGAAUCGUGGACUAUAAGUUUUUAUAACGUGUUAUUCACUGUGUUACCGCCACUUGUUAUCGGAAUAUUCGAUCAGUAUGUGAGUGCAAGGAUGUUGGAUCGAUACCCGCAAAUGUAUAUGCUGGGCCAAAAAAGUGAAUUUUUCAAUGUUAAAAAUUUCUGGGGAUGGACAAUAAAUGCUUUUUAUCAUUCUUUGGUUCUUUAUUGGGUUUCAGUAUAUAUGUUUGAAGAUGAAUUACUCUUGUAUAAUGGACAAGCGGCAGGUCAUUGGGUCUGGGGUACAACAUUGUACACGGCUGUGCUUGCCACAGUAUUAGGAAAAGCAGCGUUAAUAACAGAUUUAUGGACCAAAUACACAUAUUUAGCAAUUCCUGGCUCUUUUAUUUUCUGGAUAAUUUUCCUACCCAUCUACGCAUCAAUCGCGCCAAAACUAAAUUUUUCGGAAGAAUACGAUGGAAUCGUGCCGCAAUUGUUCACUAGCGCGGUGUUUUAUUUGACUGUUGUUCUUUUACCCGUAUUUUGUCUCUUGAGGGAUUAUGUGUGGAAAUACACCAAACGUAUGUACAAAGCAAGAGCAUAUCACACCGUUCAAGAAAUACAGAAAUUCAAUAUUCCCGAUUAUCGACCGGGUAUGGAACAGUUCCAAAAAGCUAUUCGAAAAGUUCGUGCCGUUCAACGGUUACGGAGGACUCGUGGAUUUGCGUUUUCACAAAACGAAUCUGGCCAGGAAUCCAAAGUUAUCCGUGCUUACGAUACCACUCUGCAAAAACCAACAGGCUUGUAA